UUGUACAGCUAUAAAUAUCAAGUUCUGAGCUUUACAUGCACCACACAAUACUUUCUUUCAUCUGAAAUGGCAUCCUCUACAAGGAAAAGCCAGUUAGUCAUUGUCUUGCUAGGAAUUCUAAUUGCAGGAUCAGCUGUGCCGAGCCAUGUUGUAGCUCAAAAUUGUGGCUGUGCUGCAGACGAAUGUUGCAGCCGAUGGGGUUACUGUGGCACCGGCAAUGACUAUUGCGGCACCGGGUGUCAAGAGGGUCAGUGUUUCCCGGCAGCCCCCACCAACGAUGUUUCAGUGCCUGAUAUCGUGACCCCAGAGUUUUUCGGUGGGAUCCUUGAUCAAGCUGAUUCAAGCUGUGCUGGGAAGAACUUCUAUUCACGAGACGCGUUUCUUGAGGCUCUCAAUUCAUACUCUCGGUUUGGUAGGAUUGGUUCGGUUGACGAUUCCAGGCGUGAGAUCGCAGCUUUCUUCGCCCAUGUCACCCAUGAAACUGGACAUUUUUGCUACAUAGAAGAGAUCAAUGGACCAUCAAGGGACUACUGCGACGAGGGCAAUACGCAAUAUCCAUGCAAUCCUGAUAAAGGUUACUACGGCCGAGGACCAAUCCAACUAUCAUGGAAUUUCAAUUAUGGACCUGCCGGAGAAAGCAUCGGUUUUGAUGGAUUAAACUCUCCUGAAACUGUGGCCAAUGACCCUGUAAUUUCAUUCAAGACAGCUCUGUGGUAUUGGACUAACUCUGUCCAACCUGUAAUUAGCCAAGGGUUUGGGGCGACGAUUAGAGCCAUUAAUGGCGCCCUUGAAUGUGACGGAGCAAAUCCUGCUACUGUUCAAGCUCGUAUAGGGUAUUAUACCGAUUACUGUAAUCAACUGGGUGUGGCUCCUGGAGAUAACCUUACUUGUUAGGAGAAAAUCCCAGUUUUCUUUUUUUUUUUUUCAAAUAAUAAACAACAAGAACAUGUAUAGAACAUAAGAAGCUACGCUUUUCUUGUUCCAUUUAUAAAAUAUCUAUUAAUCUUUUUUCAUGUAUAA